GGGUCGAACACUCUGAACGGAUAUUUCUACCGUCCGAGUGGGAGUAAAGCUUCACAUAACUAAUUUCCAAUUAACCCCGGCCUCUGUGACCUUCUGGAACAAUCUCGAUUCUCCGCCUCCGUCGACGGGAAGUAUGGCCGGAAGAGAAGUUCGUGAGUACACCAACCUCACCGACCCCAAAGGCACGAAAUUGGGGAAGGGAAAGGAUAGGCUAGACGAUGAAGAUAUCGCUUUCCAGCGCAUGGUUUCCAAGAUGCAAGAGGUUGCUGGAGAACGUGGAGGAUACCUACAUGGUCGAGGGGCAUUGGACAGUGAUGACUUACUCUAUCUCAAGGAGCAGAUGGAAGCUGAGGAAGAUGCUGAACGUCUCCUACGCCGCACUGAGAAACGGGCAUUUGCUGCAUUUAAGAUAUCCUUCCUCAUCUACCUCAUUUCCCUUCCAAAUAGAAAAGAAUCUUCUUCUAAAACCUAAAUAGUGUCAACAUGAUUGGAAAUACUUGCUACUUACCCCAUUGGUCUUGAUGUUUUUGCAUCUAUUACUUCUUUCAUUCCCUAUUUUAGGCUUGGCAAUGCCAUGUUAGAACAUUUUUUUGAUCUCCAUAUUUAAAUGUCUCUACAAUCACAAAGCAGUUUUGUUUUUUUUUAAAGCUAAAACCAGUUUUUUCUCAUUAUUGUGAUUAUCGACUUUAAAAUUCAUUAUGUUUCACUUUGCAGAAGUUUUUGCAUGGGAAAAGUUAUGUGAAAUAUGUUGUAUGCAAUUCAUGGUUUCUGUUUGUCAUUAGCCUGCUAGUUCUUUGUUUCCCACAUUAUUUCAUCUUUUUGGCUGACCUUAUAUAGACUGUGUUAGAUUUUCCAUGCAUGGUAUAUAUAAGUUGAAACACAGUCAACUUGUCGGUCUCUCAUUUUCUUCCUUAACCAAUGGGCACAAAGCUGCAAAUUUAGCAGAUUCUUCACCUGCUGUGGUUCCUUUGCCUCUCCGUGUUGAGCCCAAGCCAAAAAGUGGGAUUAGACAGCAAGAUCUACUGAAGAAGGUUGUAGAAAUUAAACCCAAACGACCUA